UAACAAUUUCUGGAAACCUUGAGUUCCACCCAGUAAGAGGAAUAAACGAAGGAAAAGUCAAAUGACGACAACUCCUCUUAAGGAACUGAAGCUUAAAGUGAUCGCAAGAGAGGGUAGAAACGACUUGCUUUUCUGAUAUAAUUAGGUUUUCUCUGACACAGUAUAGGUCAAGGGAUGAGAGAUAUAAAGGAACCGAACUUAGUCAUUAGCAUCAGAUGGAAGAAACUAAUAUUGCCAGAGAAACCCUUGAUUUCAGUUCCACUUGACAAGUUAACAACAUAACGAAAUGCGUUAGGAUGUCUACACUACAGAAAGGAUGAGUCCAACUUCAUACAGCGACCACUUGGAUUAGAUGUGUCAGUGUGAGACUUGACUACAGAACUUCUUGAGGCACUUGAAGCUUGCUGGAUGACUAACAGAGAUACAAUCCAGCCCUUGUUGGAUCAACGGCAUCAAAGCCAUCAUACGGUUGAUCUUACGAGAAAAAGAUUUCGCCGAUGUAAAAGUGCUCCUGUGGGCCAAAUUGCCCCUGUAGAAAUGGAUGAAAUAAAGAACGACCAAUCACUUCCACGUUCUAAAUCGAUUUUAGACAAGCUGCACCCUAUUUUUUGGAAAGUUAUUAUUUACUUGGUUAUAUACUUGGGUAUUGGUACCAUUUGCUUUUAUUUUGUUCGAAACAAGAUCAAGGGAAAGAAAAUAGAUGGCGUAGUUGAUUCCGUCUACUUUUGUGUUGUGACAAUGACCACGGUUGGAUAUGGGGAUAUGGUGCCUAACAGUGCAAUUACUAAACUGCUCGCUUGUGUCUAUGUGUUCUCCGGGAUGGCACUUGUUGGAGUAGUUCUAAGCAAAGCAGCAGACUACUUAAUGGAGAAGCAAGAAACACUAUUAAUUAAAGCAAUGCAUAUGGGUCGUCGAGUUGGUCCGAGUGAAAUUUUAGAGGAGAUUGAAACAAACAAAGUAAAGUACAAGUGCUUCAUGAUAGCGGCCUUCCUUAUAGUGCUCAUAGUCGUUGGGACAGUGGUAUUGGUUAGAGUUGAAGAGUUUGAUACCAUAGAUGCAUUUUAUUGUGUUUGUGCUACCAUCACAACAUUAGGAUAUGGAGACAAAAGCUUUUCAACCAAAGCAGGGCGCAUUUUUGCUAUAUUUUGGAUUUUGACAAGCACUCUUUGUUUGGGUCAGUUCUUCCUUUAUGUUGCUGAAUUGAACACCGAAAAGAGACAGAAGGAGAUUGUGAAGCGAGUUCUUUCAAGAAGGACAACAAAUGUGGAUUUGGAGGAAGCUGAUCUUGAUGAUGAUGGGGUUGUAGGGGCUGCUGAAUUUGUUAUCUAUGAACUUAAGGAGAUGGGGAAGAUCAACCAACAAGAUGUCGCAGCUGUAUUGAAGAAAUUUGAAAGUCUAGAUGUUGAUCAGUCUGGAACUCUGUCAAAGGCAGAUCUGACACUCGCCCAAUCGUCUUGAACCAGAAGGUGAUUACUCUAUAACCUAUAUUAGUGUAUUAGGCAACCUUUCCACUUCCACCUAUGUCUAUAACUUUAGUGAGAUUUCUGGGAUGAGUCCUUUUGAAAGUUUUAGUAUAUUAAACAUAGUUUUCAUAUUAGUGUAAAUACAACUCAGUCCUAGAGUGAUAUUCACUCUUCCCAGAAUCUCCAUGUAAUCAUCUCAACUCCCUCUGUGAAUAUGUAACUUGUACUUUAAUUUGUAAAAAGUUUACCAACUUUUUUCCUUA